CAGGCGCCGAGCAGGUGGCCGCAGGCAGCGGGCAGCGCCGCGGCAUGUGAGCGGCCCCCGGCUCGCCGCUCGGCCGCGCUCCCCCGGGAAGGUAGCACCGGCCCCCCCCACACCUUCCCCUGCCCUCCCCUCGCCGGGCCGGCCGCGGAGGCAGGGCGCCCGCAGCGGCAGCCCGGCGGCGGCCGGGGGCUGAGCGCCGCGCCCCGCCGGGGGGCGGCCGUGGCGGAGGGCGGAGAGGAGGAGGAGGAGGAAGGCUGCGCGGGGCCGGAGGGACGCGGGAGCCCCCCCGGCCGCCCAGGAUGAAAGUCACCGUGUGCUUCGGGAGGACGCGGGUGGUCGUGCCCUGCGGGGACGGGAACAUGAAAGUUUUCAGCCUGAUCCAGCAAGCGGUGACCCGGUACAAGAAGGCGAUCGCCAAGGAUCCAAACUACUGGAUACAAGUACACCGGCUGGAGCACGGGGAUGGGGGGAUCCUAGAUCUCGAUGACAUUCUUUGUGAUGUAGCUGAUGACAAAGACCGUCUUGUAGCUGUGUUUGAUGAGCAAGAUCCACACCAUGGAGGUGACGGCACCAGCGCCAGCUCGACGGGGACGCAAAGCCCGGAGAUUUUUGGCAGUGAGCUUGGCUCCAACACGGCGUCGGCCUUUCAGCCUUACCAAGCAACAAGUGAAAUUGAGGUCACCCCUUCAGUCCUUCGUGCAAAUAUGCCUCUUCAUGUCCGACGUAGUAGUGACCCUGCACUGAUUGGCCUCUCAACCUCUGUAAGUGAUACAAAUUUUUCUUCAGAAGAGCCUUCACGGAAAAACCCUACAAGGUGGUCCACAACAGCAGGCUUUCUCAAGCAGAACAACCCUGGCGUACCCAGUGCUCAUGAAAGAAAGAAAGAUGAAAACUACAGAAGCCUACCACGAGAUACUAGUAGCUGGUCUAACCAGUUUCAGAGAGACAAUGCUCGUUCAUCGUUAAGUGCCAGUCAUCCCAUGGUGGACAAGUGGCUGGAGAGGCAAGAACAGGAUGAAGAUCGAGCAGAGGAGGACAAGGGCAGAGUUGAGCCUGUUGGACAUGCAGACACUGGUUUGGAGAAUGCUACCAAUUUUUCCCUGGACGAUAUGGUAAAGCUCGUAGAAGUCUCCAACGACGGUGGGCCUUUGGGAAUCCAUGUAGUGCCUUUCAGUGCCCGAGGCGGAAGAACCCUGGGGCUGCUGGUAAAGCGAUUGGAGAAAGGUGGAAAAGCUGAACAAGAAAACCUUUUUCGUGAGAAUGAUUGUAUUGUCAGGAUUAACGAUGGAGACCUUCGGAAUAGGAGAUUUGAGCAAGCACAGCAUAUGUUUCGCCAAGCCAUGCGUACGCCGUUCAUUUGGUUCCAUGUGGUCCCUGCGGCAAAUAAAGAGCAGUAUGAACAGUUGUCCCAAAGCGAGAAGAACACGUACUACUCCAGCCGCUUCAGCCCCGAUUCCCAGUAUGCUGACGGCAAAAGUAUUAACAAUUCUGGACUUCACACGUUACAAAGAAUGUCUCGAGCGGGUAACCAGUCCGAUCAGACAGACUCCUACUCGCAGCUACCUCAUAGUGUGAAUUCAUCAGGGAAACCACCCUCGGGCCUGGUACCAUCACCUCAGAAAGUUCUCACCUCCACUGCAAACAGUGGGUAUAACACCAAAAAGAUAGGGAAGAGGCUCAGUAUACAGCUGAGAAAAGGUACAGAAGGCUUGGGAUUUAGCAUUACUUCAAGAGAUGUCCCAAUUGGUGGCUCUGCUCCAAUUUAUGUGAAAAACAUCCUUCCGAGAGGUGCAGCUAUUCAAGAUGGGAGACUAAAAGCUGGAGACCGAUUAAUUGAGGUAAAUGGAGUUGAUUUGACAGGCAAAACUCAAGAAGAAGUUGUGUCCUUGCUGCGAAGCACCAAGAUGGGAGGGACCGUCGGCCUUCUGAUUUUUCGACAGGAAGAAACAUUCCAUCCAAGGGAACUGAAUGCAGAACAAAGCCAGUCACAAAUUCCAAAGGAAACGAAAGCAGAAGAAGAGGAGCUUGUCCUCACACCUGAUGGCACCAGGGAAUUCCUGACAUUUGAAGUUCCACUGAAUGACUCUGGAUCAGCUGGACUUGGUGUGAGUGUCAAAGGUAACCGGUCAAAAGAAAACCAUGCCGAUUUAGGAAUCUUCGUCAAGUCCAUUAUUAACGGCGGAGCAGCAUCCAAGGAUGGCAGGCUUCGGGUGAACGAUCAACUAAUAGCGGUAAAUGGAGAAUCAUUAUUGGGCAAAACAAAUCAAGACGCUAUGGAAACUUUAAGGAGGUCCAUGUCCACUGAAGGAAACAAACGGGGAAUGAUUCAGCUUAUUGUGGCGAGGCGAAUAAGUAAAUGCAAUGAGUUGGAGUCACCCGGGAGCCCCUCUGGGCCGGAGCUGCCCAUAGAGACUCUGCUGGAUGACCGGGAGCGGAGGAUUUCCCACUCCCUCUACGGCGGGAUCGAGGGUCUCAGCGAGUCGCCCACGAGGAGCACGGCGCUGAGUAGGAUAAUGGGUAAAUAUCAGCUGUCUCCAACAGUGAACAUGCCCCAAGAUGACACUGUCAUUAUUGAAGAUGAUCGGCUGUCGGUACUCCCUCCUCAUCUCUCUGACCAGUCGUCAUCCAGUUCCCACGAUGAUGUUGGGUUUGGCACUGUUGAUGCUGGUGGAUGGGCUAAAGCUGCAAUUAAUGAGUCAACAGACUGCACUCUUAGUCCAGAUGUUGAUCCAGUGCUUGCCUUCCAGCGAGAGGGUUUUGGACGCCAGAGCAUGUCAGAAAAGCGUACAAAGCAAUUUUCAGAUGCCAGUCAGUUGGAGUUUGUUAAAACACGAAAAUCCAAAAGCAUGGAUCUAGGUAUAGCUGACGAGACUAAGCUCAGUACAAUGGAUGACCAGAAAACAGGUUCCCCAACCAGAGAUGUGGGGCCUUCAUUAGGUCUGAAGAAAUCCAGCUCAUUAGAAAGCCUGCAGACAGCCGUUGCUGAGGUGACUCUGAAUGGUGAUAUUCCCUUCCACCGCCCGCGCCCGCGAAUUAUCCGAGGACGAGGCUGCAAUGAGAGCUUCAGAGCUGCCAUAGACAAAUCGUAUGAUAAACCUGUAGCAGAUGAUGACGAUGAAGGCAUGGAAACUUUGGAGGAAGACACAGAGGAGAGCUCAAGAUCUGGUAGAGAAUCUGUGUCCACAGCAAGCGAUCAGCCAUCCCACUCAUUGGAGAGACAGAUGAAUGGAAGCCAAGAUAAAAGUGACAGAAAAAAGGCUGGAAAGGAAAAGAAGAAAGAUCGAGAUAAAGAGAAGGAUAAAAUUAAGGCAAAGAAAGGAAUGCUGAAAGGCUUAGGAGACAUGUUCAGGUUUGGCAAACAUCGCAAAGAUGACAAGAGUGAGAAAACUGGUAAAAUAAAAGUGCAGGAAGCUCUUACUUCAGAAGAGGAGAGAAUACGAAUGAAGCAAGAACAGGAGAGAAUUCAAGCAAAAACUCGAGAAUUUCGAGAGAGACAAGCUCGUGAACGUGACUAUGCAGAGAUACAGGACUUUAACCGGACGUUUGGCUGUGAUGCGGACCCAAUGUACGCUGGGAUUGCUUCCUAUGACUCUUCUUCAAGUAGUGGCACAAUAACGCUGAACACCCGACCACAGAGCCCGAGGGAAGGGCAGACAGUGGAAGCCUUGUACGCCCAAGUGAAGAAACCACGGAAUUCAAAGUCUUCACCUGUAGACAGCAACAGAUCCACCCCUAACAAUCAUGACCGGAUACAGCGCCUGAGACAAGAGUUUCAACAAGCAAAGCAAGAUGAGGACGUGGAAGACAGGAGACGUACUUACAGUUUCGAGCAGCCAUGGCCAAGCACCAAGACGUACUCACAGAGUGGCAGACACUCAGUCUCAGUAGAGGUUCAAAUGCAGCGGCAGCGGCAAGAAGAAAGAGAGAGUUUCCAACAAGCUCAGCGGCAGUACAGCUCAUUACCCAGGCAAAGCAGAAAAAAUGCCAGUUCUGUAUCUCAAGACUCCUGGGAGCAGAGCUAUUCCCCUGGAGAAGGGUUCCAGACUGCGAAGGAAAAUCCCAGAUAUUCCAGCUACCAGGGAUCGAGGAACGGCUAUAUGGGGGGACAUGGCUUCAAUGCCAGGGUAAUGCUAGAAACACAAGAACUGCUCCGUCAAGAGCAGAGGCGGAAAGAACAACAACUGAAAAAAAAAACUUCUUCUGAAGGGCCUAGCAACUAUGACUCAUAUAAGAAAAUUCAGGACCCUAAUUAUACCCCUCCUAAAGGUCCUUUCAGGCAAGAUGUACCGCCUUCACCGUCUCAGGUAGCGAGGCUUAACAGAUUGCAAACACCAGAAAAGGGAAGACCAUUUUAUUCUUGAGGUGAAGAAAAUGAAGAUCAACUUAUCAUGCGAUAAGGAACGUUUUCAUAUAGAGACAUAUUUUGAAAACUUUUUAAACUGAUGGUACUAAGGAAUAUAUCCGUUGCCUGUUUCAGUGCCUUCAAAAACACGGGCAAAGCAUUGGUGGGCCUUAUGUCUUUGCCGUUCUGUCUCAAGUGUUGAAUUCAUGGAAGGAUGUUCCACCGUUUGACAAUCAUAGCGGAAGUGAGCAACGCCGCCCCUGCGUACCGAGUCCCGUAGCCCAGUCCAGUAGCUGUCAAUGGCUUAUUACUAGGAUUUGUUGUAAUGUGUUUUACUUUGCAGUGACUUAUUACAUCCACAUGCAACUUUGUGGCAUAAAAUUAAUGAAUUUAAGGUUGAAGGAAGCAUCGACAUGUCCUUUUUUAUUUCUCUCGGGUCAGGAGGAGGGUUACAGGUCACUCUUGAGUGGAUAAGGCUUAGCUCUGCUCUGGAUCGCAGUCGCAGUUCUAAGAUGUUUUAUGUUGGAGUCGUUACCAGUCUUUGUUGAUCAAUAUUUAAGUGUCUAUAUGCUGAAAAACUAUCCUUCUCCUAUUAUGCACAUAUGCAGUCUUUUUCUCUCUCUCUCCCCACUCUGAGCUUAUUAAAAAAGCCUUUAUCCUGACUCAUGAGGAAAACAAUAUUAAGCUUUCAGUUAUCCUGAGAAUCCUGUUGCAAUUGCCUUAUAAUCUUAAUACACAGUCCAUGACAAAUGAAAUAAGUGGAGAGAGACUAUUUAUACAGUCACAGCCAAGCCCUUGAUAAGUAUAUUUUUCUAUUUUAUUAAAGAUGGGAAAUUAUGAACAAACAUACAACUGAGUCCUGCUCUGCUUUGCUUCUAAAUGAAUUUGGUCAUAUGAGAACUGUGUCUAGGAAGAGAACUAGGGAGGGUAUCAUACCGUGGUCAUCUUAUACACAGUUGUCUUUGGGCAAAUUUGGGAGAUAGCUUAAAGCAAGAGCAGAAAAAAUCAAAGUUUUACUUUGGAUCAAAACCUGAAAAGGAAACAAUUUCUUCUUUUUUACAAUUUGUGAAGCUUCGUGGACAAUGGCCUUGUGCUUCCGUAUACUGUAUUGUUGCAUCGUGAUGCUACAUUACAAAUAAACCUUUAAGUAUAUGAAUGAGAGAUAAGUGGAGACAAACUGUUACACAUCAUCCUGGAAACAUGUCAGUGUCCAAAAAUAACUAAAGCAAAAAAGAUUGCUCUAGCAGUGAGUAAUAUUUGAAUGUGCAUAUGGGAUAUGAGAAUUUCUUUUGCAGCAGCUGUUUUUAUGUUUGUUGGUCUGAACUUCAUGUAUUGUAAAAAAUAUAGCUGGGUUGCUGAAGUGCCUGCAAAUCCUGACGUGAAAAGGCUUGAGAAUGGAUCUCAGCAUAUCAUAUACAAAAAGGAAAGAGAGAAAGCAAGAAAGAAAAUCAUGUAUUGCGUGAUUUUAAAAAAGCGCCUAUUUUUUUUUACUGGCACAUUUUAUUUUUGCGCCAACUUGUUUCUAGAAUAUAUGUGAAAUAUCAGCACACGUAUCUGUGUCUUUUAUGCCUGUUUGUUAACGGUUUUUGUUGUUAAUAAUGUACUCCGUGUUUAAAAGUUGUUAUUAGUGUAAGCACAGUGACAUUGGAUGACAAUAGCUCUUUUACGCAGAAUUUACAAAGCUGUGUAAAACAGCUUUCCGUGUACAUAUGAAAUUUAGAAUAAAAGGCUGUUUCCAUCCUCGUCUUGGUAUUGCCUGUAGACCGUUAUGAGAACUGCAGCAGACAUUGAGUUUAAAAAAUAUUUAACAGAUGUUAUUUUAUCCUAUUCCUAAUGGUUUGCGCGUGUCUUUCUGUGAGCACUUAUAAACAUUGGCAAAAAAAAAAGAAAAGAUUUACAG